ACAGGGGUGUGGUGCCCGUGACCUCUGCGAGGGCGACCGGGAGGGGACGUCGGCCGAGGGCCCUCUGCGUGGUCCGCGGGAAGCCAGCGUGGGUAGGCCGGGAGCCCGGGGACCCCCUCCUGGCAGCCCCGUGCGCACACGUGCGCCCCCCUCUCCCACGAGCGCCCCCCUCCCGGGGCUGGGCCUGCUCCCCUUAAAUGCCUUUCCCGUCGCCCAGGCCCCGGCGACGCUUAGCUCACCUCAAGUCCUGGAGGCCGUGGAUUCCCCCCCCCCCCCUCCAGGGCUCGCCGACGCCCGCCUGGAAUCUCUACCGCUAGGGAGGAGGAGGAGGGAGGACCGCAUCGUGAGACCCAUUCAAAAAAGGAUGUGACUUGCAGUGCUUGGACUCCCCAGAAGUUAUUAAAAGUUCCAGUGUAUAUCUGCGGUUGCAGUGUGUGUUGAGGAAGUGCUGGGGCUUGUGGCCACACGUGUCAGGAACCACACUAGAAAUGGAGCGGCCAUUUGUGUUAGGUGACAAGAGACAAAAUUCAGAGCCGCAGCGGAGUUCACAGGAACCCAUUCAAGUCCUCGAUGACGAUGGUGAUGAUGACGCGGAACUCAUCUUUGUAGGGGUGGAGAAAGUAAAGGAAGACGCCGAGCUCAUCUUUGUCGGAGUAACUUCAACUUCACAACCCGCCAACUCGAACAUUCUGAACAGAGUCACCCCAGGCUCACGGUUAAAAAGAAAGCAUAACCGACUUAGAGAGACCACGACUCAAAGACUGCAGCCCUCACGUCCUGCUGCCCCCACAUCAGAGGCAGUGAUUGUCCUGCCAGCGUCUCCGGUUGAAUCAAGAUCGACAGAUAGUCCUAUCAUUAUUGAGCCUUUGUCUGAGUCUGAUUGUAAAGGUAAUUCACCACAAGUUGUGCCUAGUAGCUCUUCAAAGUGCUGUUCGCCUCUGGUCACACUCUCAAGUUCAGAGAAUAGUCCAGUAAAGGCAGCGCUUUCAGGAGGAGAUUUGAAUCAAAGUUUGUAUGUCUCAAAGUGCCAUUUUUCCAUAAAUCCACAGAGGCCUGACCGUAGUAUUGAGAUUGUAAAACAACUCCCUUCAACUUUGCCCCCUUCAGGGACUUUCCAUACCUCGAAUGCGCAGCAGAAGACGCCUUCCUUUGACGCUCCCACCUCACUGGGCCGCGGUGUGAACGGGGCGCCUCCUCCAGAGGACUCUGUCCACCCUGGUCAGGACAGUGGAUUGGUGGAGGCAGACUCUUCAAGUCUAGCAAGUCAAGAGACUUUUGAUCCCAAGAAAGGAAGUUUGACUCUGUUACUUAGUGACUUCUAUUAUGGACAGGACAAAGGAGAUGGGAAGCCAGAGCAGAAGACCCACACCGCCUUUAAAUGCCCCAGCUGCUUGAAAGCCCUAAAAAAUGUUAAAUUUAUGAACCACACCAAGCAUCACUUGGAGUUGGAGAGGCAGGGGAGUGAGGAUGCUUGGGAGAGUCACACCACCUGCCUGCGCUGCCACCGGCAGUUCGAUUCCCCAUUCCAGCUGGAGUGCCACAUCGACCGUGUGCACACGGCACCAGACCCUUCCGUGGUCUGCAAAAUCUGUGAAUUGUCCUUUGAGACCGACCAAGUCCUUCUGCAGCACAUGAAGGACACUCACAAGCCUGGGGAGAUGCCCUAUGUCUGCCAGGUCUGUAAGUACAGGUCGUCUGUCUUCGCCGACGUGGAGACCCACUUUACAAAGUGCCAUGUAAGCACUAAGAACCUGCUCUGUCCGUUUUGUCUUAAGAUCUUCAAAACUGGGAUGCCCUACAUGUGCCAUUACAGGGGCCACUGGGAAAGGAGCAACCACCAGUGCUCCAAGUGCCGCCUGCAGUUUUUAACCUUCAAGGAGAAGAUGGAGCACAAGACACAGUGCCACCAAAUGUUUAAGAAGCCCAAGCAGCUGGAAGGGCUGCCUCCCGAGACGAAGGUGGUGAUUCAGGUGUCCGUGCAGCCUGUGGAGUCAGAGUCUGUGAAGGUGGCUUCAAUCACUGUGAGCACAGCAGACUGGGAGCCAUCAUCUUACCCCAGACCUCAAGGCAGACCUUCACAAAAGCCCCAUUAAUUAAUUCUCACCUAAACCAGAAUCCAGACCCUCCAGAGAGACAAGAGUACAGCCCAUCCGUCACUCACUCACUGGUACCUAAGAUGAUGAACUGCUGAACAGUCAGCUUUUUUUCUUUCUUUAAUUUUGUGAUAAUGUAGGGCUUUGCCUGUUUGUUUUUUGAGGGUUUCUUUUGUUCUCGUUGAGUGCUGGAGCUGGAACGGAGGCUUCACAAAUAAUAAGCACGUGCUCUACCACCCCAUUCCUCAGCUACAGCAUUUUCUGAAUGAACAGUGAGUGUUAUUUAAAAUACAUCUGGUUUUCAAUAUUAAGUGUUUGGCCUAACACAAGGAAGGUGUUUGUCUGUAUCCCUGCAAAUGGAAAACGAGUUAAACCUAUUUAUUAAUAUCCUAAAGUUUGAGAGCUCUUUUAUGUAAAGGUUUUUUGAGUUUGGUGGGCUCACAAGGCCCCACGUCUCUCUCCUGAAAAUCUACAGGAAAUUAAUGCUUGCUAUAGGAGGGAGAGAGACAUUUUCCCCCCUUUUUUAAGAGAUAUCUUCUUAAGUGGUAUAUAGUGUGGAUAAGUAGACAGGCACACAUCCUUUUCAGUCUUGAGGCCAAAGAAGGAACCCUGCCUGAAUGCCUUUACCUAAAAGAGUAUCCAAGGAGGCCAAGCCAUUCCUGUAAUGCCCAUAUUUGUGAAAGGCCCCUGCACACAUAAAAGCACAGCUGUGUAUUCUUAGCGACACGAGAUGUGGUGGCAACGGUAGUUAGAGAACAGGCACGGAGCUGAUGACCGUGGACUUUGUUUUGCUUGAUGCUUAGGGUAGCCAGAGUUCUCCACUCUCUGUUCAUUCUUGGCUAGUUAUGUGUGAAGAACUGGCUAUAUCCUCAUGGGCCACACCAGUAAAGGAAGUGGUCCUUUCCUGAGGAAAAGAAGUCUGGUAUUCAUUAUAUAAAGUAUAUUGAACCUGAAUUGUAACUGAAAAGGUUUGGGAAAAUGCAUCUGUCCAGUUUAUGGCCCGGGGUGAACUUAGUUCUACUCUCAAGCUGUAAUAGGACCUUGCCCAAUAAUACUGGACAUAGCACAAAAGCCAGACCAGGGUGACUAGGAUGUAAGCCCUCUAUAGGUUUUCAGUUUUCAGUCCAUGAGUGUGAUCGAAUAUGUGAAACUUGCGAUUUGAUGCCCUGGUGCUUUUUUCCCCCCCUUUGGUGCUAGGGAUUAAACCCAAGGCUCUGCCACUGAACUAGGGCCCUAGUCACAGUCUGUGUCUUGUCUCAUAUCUAAGUGGUUAUAAUGUCUGUAUAAUUUCCCCGUGUUGGAUGUAUAGAAUCCGAGUUGAUCACACUAAUAUUGCUUGGGUCUUACUUGAAGCACUUUUGUGUGCAAGAUAUGUCCUAAAUGAAGACUUGCCUUCUCCUGUCAUACUACUUAGCUGGUCACUAGCCCAUGGAGGAACAAUUUUUUAUAGAACUGUAGAGCAUCCUCUGAGGAUUGUCUUCAACAACUUCAGUAGCAUUAACUCUUUCUGUGAAUAUCCAGGGCUGUGUCCUUGAGCCUGGCCCAGUGCCACCUGUUGUCCCUUCCCCUUCAGCCCAGGGGAUCAGCUGCUGCUGCUCAUUCCUCAAGGAGUCUGGGUGCAUGCUGGUUGUAGACCCUGCUCUUGCAAACUCUGAGGAUCCUGUUCCUUUCUUUAAAGGUACCUUAUCUUGCUGGGUGUGGUAGCACACACUGGUAAUAAGAGUUCUUGGGAGGCUGGGGCAGGAAGAUCUGAAGUCCAGAGUCAGCCUAGGCUCUUCAGUGAGUUCCAAAUUACACAGCAAGACCCUGCCCCUUAACAACAAAAGAGGCAGUGUGGACAGGUUCCUUAAAUGUCCCUGUUCCAAUUUUCCUUUCUCAGUUUAGUGAAGUUUCCCUAGAUUUUGUGAAAAAAUGGGGAGAGGUUAUCUGUAGGCCUUGGCCUCUCUUAAGAUUAAGGGAUAAGAGGUUGUAUCUUUCGUUUGCUUUACGCUCUACCACUGACUGUGAUCUGCUUCUUUACUGUUUUGAUGGGUAUUUUCAGUGAUUGGGGGGAGGGGCACAUCACACUCUUUUUUACCGUGUACCUUUCCUUUAGGUGUGGAAAGCAGAUUUGUCCCACCUGUUCUGGUGGAAAAUCCUGAUUAUGAAAUGAGUCUGCAGACUUACAUACUGUAUAUGGUAAAAGUAAGAAGCCUCUUUCUUAGACCUGUGUCGAGUGUGUCCAGCCCUGUGGCUGUAGUUCUCUGUUUCACUAAAGCAUGCUCCUAAGGAGUACAGACUGUUGUUUACUGCUAAGGGAGGCCCCAGGGCUCAGGCUCCUGCCUACCCGCUCCUCCUGUCCCCUGCGCUGCCCAGCUGACUCCCCUGCUCCUGCACUGUUGUGACCCACUGACCUCCCAUUCCUCAGUAAAUUCCUGUUCCUCCUGAGGCUGAGGCUGCCCGGGCUGCUGGCACAGUGCUUUCCCCGAGCCCGCAUGGCUGCUACCUCAUUGUGGAUAUUAAGCUUAUCAAGAGUCUCAGAGUGACUAGAAAUGUCCCCAUUUACUCUUUCUCUUGGAAGGCAACUUACCUCUCCCUGCAGCUUUCUCCCUCUGCAAUCUAGCUAAGUUUCCUAGUCACAGAACUUGAGGAAGACAGUAGCGAGAGCUUUGGCUCUGUGGUAGAAGUGAGCUAGCUUAGGUCCAUUUUUGUGCCUCUAACACAGACUAGAGUGACUAAGUCUCUGAAGCUUUCUGUUUUAUAUCGACAGCUCUAUCUAUUUUUGAAGCAAUGUCACUUUGUUUUGUUUACACAUGAAUUAAAUAUUUGUCAAGAUUACUAUUUUGUUACUCUGUGAAGUUGGUUGCUUGUUUUACCAAAUAAAAGUUAUUUUGAUGUUGCCAAAGUUAUUUAUAAGAACUAGUAAUUAGAGGAAUAAAGCAUUUUGUGAAAACCUUUUGUGUCUUUUUUUUAGGUUUUUGUUUUGUGUCUUGUGCAGUUGAGUUACUUUUACUGCCUCAUUGAUUAUAACUUCUGAGUGAUAUGUUCAAUAAAGCUAAUUAGGCCUUUUUUAAUUUUAA